CUUUUAUAAAAAUGAACAAACUAGCUCUUGUCGUAUUUGUGCUGAUGGUAACACUGGUGGUAUCUUCAGAAACAGAAGAUGCCCAUGACUUCUAUAAGUAUCACUCCUUGAUUAAGAAGUAUGGAAACUCUCUCGAUGAAUUCUCUGAGAUAGUCACCCAAAACUCGACCGAAGCCAAAGUGAGAAAGUACUGGGAAGACCGCAAGCAGAUCAUGGCAAAGGAUCAGUCUUACAGAUUCACCAGAGAUGUUCCCACUUUGACUCCAGACGAAGAAAUUGUUAAUGCCUACCUUGAAACACUGAGGAAUGAAGUGAUUCAUAUUGACGAUUCUCCAUUGCUGUUAGAGUUCUUUGAAGGACAGAAGAUCAUCAAAGAUACAGAGCUUCAUGAGUUCUUUAAGAAAAUGCCUAAAGGUGGAGAGAUGCAUGUUCAUCUUGAAGGUGCUGUUGCACUUGACACCAUGAUUAAAUUUACUUACAGUGAUUAUGUAUACUUCAAUGUUGAAAAGCAGGAGUUCAAAACAGUUCCUAAAGGACUUGAUGAAAAAGGAUUCUUGAGAUGCAAUGAACUUCGACAAAUAUGGGGAUCGAACGCAACAUUCGAUAACUAUCUUAGAAAGAUCUUUGUCAUGCAGCCUGAAGAAAUUAGUUCCAAACAGAUUCACGAAAUCUGGAAACCAUUUGAAGGAAAAUUCAUCUUAAACGAUCCUAUCAUUCACUACUAUGAGUUUUAUAAACUUGGGCUACUGGACUUCUGAAGACAAUCAAUCAGAGAUGGCAUCUACAUUGUUGAGAUCAGACAUGCUUCAGGAAGAAUUUUUGACGAGAAUAAUAAGAUCUUAUCCCUCAAAGAUGAAUUUGAGCUGUAUAAAUCUGCUUUAGAGGAGAUUAAACAGGAAUAUCCAGAUUUUCAACUCGCUAUAAUCGUUGCUGCUCUUAAAAACCAAGGUAAACAACAUGUCAGAGACCAACUCGAUAGCUAUCUCUAUGCAAUGGAUCAUGGAUAUGAGUUUGUUACAGGUUUUGACCUCGUAAAUGAGGAGGACAAUGUCCAACCUAUUCAUAAUUUUGUUGAAGAAAUUAUCAAAGCAAAGCAAGGAUAUCCUGAUUUUAAAUUCUAUUUCCACGCAGGUGAAUCCAAUAGAAGAAGCAACGAAAAUCUCUACGAUGCUAUUCUUAUGGGAACUAAAAGAGUUGGCCAUGGAUUCAACCUUGCUCUUAAGCCUCAUUUAAUUGAUCUUGUAGUUGAGAGAGAUAUUGGAUAUGAAAUAUGUCCUAUUAGUAAUUUCAUAUUGGGUUACACUCAAGACAUGAGAUGGCACCCAGGAAAACAGCUCAUAUCUAAAGGAGUUCCUUUGACACUCAACUCAGAUUGCUCUGUUUUCUAUAAUUACGAUGGAGUCGCUUUAGAUUUCACCUAUGCUUUCCUUGCUUGGGAGCUCGAUUUGAAAGACAUGAAACAGCUUGCUAUAAAUGCAGUAACUCACAGUUCCAUAAAACCUAAGGCUAAAUCAAUGAUGCUGACUAAAUUCCACAGAGAUUGGAAUAAAUUCAUUUCUUCUGUGGUUGAAAGCCAUGGAGAUUUAUCAAAGAUUGUCUAAACUGUUACCCAAA